GGAUUGAACGACGUUUGCAGCGAUCGCGAACCGGCCCAGAUUUUGAGGUUCAUCCCAAUCGGGUUUCACAAACAAUGUCUAUGAACAAAGACGAGGCUUUACGUUGCCUGCAAAUCUCAAAAGACAAGUUCCAGAGCGGCAACACAGACGCGGCGUUGAAAUUUGCAAACAAGAGUAUAGCACUCUGCGAGACUGCGGAAGGCAUUGACUGGUUGGCAUUUCUCAAAAAGCACGCACACGCCUCCUCAGCAACAUCCUCCUCCACUUCUUCCAGCGCACGACCUUCGGCAGCGACAAGCCGGAAACGCGCAACUUCAUUGGCAUCUGCAAACAGUGCUGACAGCGAAGACGCUGGUCCGUCUCGUCCCUUUACACCGGAUCAGGUUGAGGGUAUAAAGCGAAUCAAAGCUUGUAAAGCCAAAGGCGACUUGUACGCUAUCUUGGGACUGGAGAAAGGAUGCGCAGAAAUUGAAAUCAAGAAGGCGUAUCGAAAGUUGGCUUUGCAAUUCCAUCCUGAUAAAUGUGGAGCACCAGGGACAGACGAUGCUUUUAAAGCAAUCGGACACGCCUUUGCGGUUCUGGGGGAUACCGAUAAGCGUGCAAAGUAUGAUCGAUUUGGAGUAGAUUCUGAAACUUCACGGGGAGGCGGUGGUGGCGGCGGGUUUGGCGGGCAAGGAUUUGGCGGAUCACCAUUUGAAAGUGAGAUCAGUCCGGAGGAUUUGUUCAAUAUGUUUUUCGGGGACAUGGGGGGCAUGGGAGGGUCAGGAAUUCGCAUGCACAGUUUUACUACAGGCCCUGGAUUCCGUACGCAAUCAUUCCGGCGUAACCCGCACGCACAUCAACAUCAUCCUACAGCUGGCCAGGCCCAAGUUCUGCAAUUCUUCCAUCUCCUCCCUGUCAUUGUAUUGUUCGUUUUCCCAUUACUAUCGGCUCUGUUCUCGGGCCUCCUCCCUGGAGGAGAUCCAGAACCGAAUUUUUCUUUCGCAACCUCCCCACAGUACAAUCUUCGCCGGGCCACCGAGUCACGGAGCGUCCCAUACUUUGUUAACGCAAAAGCAUGGAACAGAUGGGAUGGCUCAAAAGCUAGGCAUGACAAGUUGCAGAAGUACGAGCAGGAUGUUGAAACCGAGUGGCAUCGCAACCUUCAGCAUCUCUGCGCUCAAGAACAAGAGAUCAAGCGCUUCCGCAUUGCACAAGCAAAUGGAUGGUUUACGGUGGAUGAGAAAAAGCUUCGAGCAGCCCAGGAGAUGAAGAUGCAAAACUGUGAGAAGCUCCGGGACUGGUAUCGAUAGAUUUUUGCUGUGAACACAGCUGCAUGAAAUUGACAUCAUCGACUCUGCGUAUGAUGUCUGUAUUGUGAUUCGAUAAAACCGGAAUCUAGUCCCACUGUGCCCCUCUUCCUCACACAAAGCCCAGCAAUUGUGUCUGUCUUGACAAAAAAUGCCGAAGACUGCUGCGUGUGUUCCCAACCGGUAUCUAAUCGUCUG